CUGACUGAGGGAGAGAGAGAGAGAGAGAAAGGGAGGGAGAGAGAGAGAGAGAGAGAGGGGGAGGAAAAUAAGAGCCAUCAACCCCAUCUAUCUGACUCUCAUACUAUUGGAUAUUAUUAUUUUUUGGGGGGGAUCUCUUUAUUUCCUUCAUCUUGUAUUUUUCGCUUGUUUGUUUUUGGUCAUUAUUUUUCUACCUUGGAGACUUCUCCCACCGCCGCGACUCGACUCUGUCUCUACUGUUUCUAAUCCUCUCUCUCCACUCAUUACAUGGGACUACAGACAUCCGCGUUUUAUUUCAGCUUUCCUUUUCUCUUUGUUUUUUCUCUCUCCGGACUAAAAAUUCCCCGAGCGAUCAACCAACCGAGCGGCCAACCGACCGGACUGGACCGGACCCGACCGCCGUUUGAUCUCCACAAACUCGAAGGAGACUUCACUCCUGCGCCUCCGGGAUUGAAUUUGUCUUCCUGUGUGCGUUUAUUAGCGCGGAGCUGAGUUUGUUUAAAGAGGCAAAAAGAGGUGGCAGCAACUCCUGAAGGCUCAGCCGGUUUGAUAGGAUGAAUUAGACUCGGCGAACAUGGUGCCAUUUUGGAGAUAAAUCCCCCCUCUUUUAUUUCGUUUCCUCACUCAUAUUUCUUCAUGGGACGGGCGGAAAGGCGGGAUAUCAGGUGGAGAUCUUGAGCGUACACACGCGUCACCUGCCUCGCGCACCUUUUGACGGCGCGCCUGUCAAUUAGUAUCACUAAUUGGAUUAUUUUGAUCUUGAACUUACAGUCUGCAGGUUGCUCUACUCCACCUCCUCCCCCCGUGCCUCCCCUCACCUCCCCCUCCUCCUCCUUCUCCCCUAGAAGUUAUGUCAAGGCCUCUUACUCAGCUCUUGCCGCCGGAUCUGCCUGCCGGGGCCACCAGCCCCCAGUUUGGGGCCAGCAACCCGGCUGGAAGUGGCCCCCAGAGUGGACACCUGACCUCCAUGACCAACCUGAAGUCCCUGCUCCAGCUGCCAAUCAAGGCCGACCAGAGAGGCUUCAAGGACUGCUGCGAGAUGAAAGACAAAGACAAGCCCCUGGACUCCGAUGAAGACUCAUUGGGUGUUAAUGCUGGAGGGCCUGGUGGGGUGGGAGGAGCCCCAGGCUCUGGCGCCCUGCGGCCCAACUCCCAGUCAGCCUUCCUGGGCCCGCUGCUGUGGGAGAGGACCCUGCCGUGUGACGGGGGCCUGUUCCAGCUGCAGUACAUGGACCUGGAGGAGUUCCUGACUGAGAACGGGAUGGGGAUGCACAGCAACGGGGCCAGUUCCACCAGCGCCCAGAUCCCCUCCCAGAGUUCCCAGUCAGCGGUGCCCAACCAGAGCUCCCAGUGCCCUCCUACCUCUCCUCCACCCUGCUCCUCCUCUUCCUCCUCCAUGUCCUCUUCAUCCUCCUCUUCUUCGCUGCUGGGGCUGGAGACGGUCCAGCCACAGCCACAGCCGCAACCGCCGCCGCCGCCGCCACCCCAGCAGCAGCAAAGCAUGAUGGGAGGACCCGAGUGUCUACAUGGUGGGCAGUCGGUGCCUCAGGAUGCAUCGCCCUCCUCUACCUGCCCUCCUGGUCCCCCCGGGCCUGCAGCAGUCGCCAACGGCAGCAGCGACAUCUUGGUGAACUUUGACCCCGACCCAGCGGACCUGGCGCUGUCUAGCGUGCCGGGCCAGGAGGCGUUUGACCCGCGCCGGCACCGCUUCUCCGAGGAGGAGCUCAAGCCUCAGCCGAUGAUCAAGAAGGCCCGCAAGAUGCUGGUCCCCGAUGAGCAGAAGGACGAGAAGUACUGGAACCGGCGCGUCAAGAACAAUGAGGCGGCGAAGCGUUCGAGGGACGCUCGGCGGCUGAAGGAGAACCAGAUCUCGGUGCGCGCGGCCUUCCUGGAGCGGGAGAACGCCGCCCUUCGCCAGGAGGUGGCUGACAUGAGGAAGGAGCUGGGCCGCUGCAGGAACAUCAUCAACAAGUACGAGAGCAGGCACGGAGACUUGUGAGGCGGAGGAGGAAGAAGACGACGAAAGAGGAAGGGGCGGGAGGGGAAGAGGAGAUGAGAAAAGGGUACAAGGCAACCCAACAACAGCAGCACUUUAGUUGAAGUGGCGAGGGGGAAGGCCGGCGUAGAUCUGCAGUAAGCUCUGUGCGACACCGGGCGCAAACACAAAAAGUGUGUUUUUAGUGCGUACGCUGUGCUUCAGGAUGUCACAACAGGAAAGCACGGCAACGCCAUUUUUUCCCAGUUUGACUCUCCGUACAUGCUGCUUCGCUGAAUCCACACAACGUACUGUUUCACCACCUUGUGUCACCUCGGCAGCUUACGUCACCCUCGGUGCUGUGCUUACGCCCGGUGUCGCAUGGUGUUUUUGCAGGUAGUGCGUCCUAGUGCUGCUCCGGCCAGUUCAAACAGGGUGUUGAAUUCACAUUAUGCCAGUGAAAUCUCACUUUUUAAGCUCAAGGCACGGACACAAGCCAGGAGAGGUCAGAUGUGUAAUUUUUUUCUAUAAAUAGGACAAAAAAACAUGUAUAUUUUUGAACUGGGCAGGAAGGCAAGACUAGUCCAGCAAAGAGGAGGAGAAGGAGGGGGUGCAGGGUUUUCGUCCAUAAAGCAAAGAGAUUUUGACAUAGGAUUAUUGUAUAUUUUUCUAUUAGCAGAGAUAGUCAGGAGGAGGAUUUUGGAGAUAAUCUUUUGUAUAUUUUAUAUAUGGGGUGGGGAGGGGCUGUUAGCUGGACAGUCACGGGGCCACACGAAACGCUUUUCCUCCCAACUGUUUAUCGCUAAACAACAAAUAAUCUAUUUUCGAUUUCACGGAGCAGGUUAGUCGGAGGCAGAGGCAUAACAGAGAAUGUAUCAUGGUUGAAUCAGGUAUUUCACACGGUGUGAGACGAGGCGAGAUAUCUUAGUAACGAUUGUUUUUGGUGUAGGGGGGAGUUGGAGGAAGACGGUGAAACAAAAAUUGUAUAGUUUAAAGAAAUCUUUGUGUUCGUUUGUUUUCUUCGUGGGCUCGUACAAGCACUUGAUUUUGUUAUCUUCUAUUUGAUUCCGUGUCUGAUUUUGAAAUAAUCGCAGGGCUUUUAUUUUUGAAGAUGAAGGAGAAAAAGAGAGAGAAAAACAGGAAGUCAUUAGCCAUCAGAACAGCUGGAUGUGAGCAGAUGUUUAUGAGUAAAUAAGGUGGAGAAUUUCGCUGGCAGGUUUGCAUUUGGUUGGGUGAACGUGCGCUGCUCACACAUACACACUCAGACACACAAUUUGUUAAUAAUAACACAACACGGUUGCAGUCUUUCUCUCUCUGUUUACUCUUCAGUUUGUCCAGGAAGUGCAAAAAUGAAAUGCUAACUGGUUUAGGGUUGAUUUGCCCAGAUUGAACAGUGACUGAAACCUUCAGCAUGCAGACACACAACAAACAAACACACAGACAUGCACAGUCCUCACCCAGGUUUUAACCCUUAUUGUUGUUGUUGAUGUUGUUAUGGACUUUUAUGGUGCUGAUCUGAUCUGAUCCUUCACCUGACGCACACAAACGCACACACACACUUUGACAAAAAUCAUAAUCACACACAUGCAAACACACACAAUAAAACAUUUCUACCAUCUCAAACACAGUACUGAACUGCCUAUACCCUUUCUUUGUCUUUUAUUCCUUCUUUUUAGUUUAUUUUUCCUUCUUUUGUUGCAUAUUGUAUUGAUAAAUCGUAUAUAGAUUUACACACAAGCACUUGUCUAUACCUCUCCUUCAAACUUUACCCAAUGAGAAAUGAGAAAUGCACCCUAUUGCUACUGUACCAUACAACUGUACUAUUGAAUAUUAAACUAUUCUCACUAGAUAUAUAUGUGUAUAUGAUAUAUGCUUGAAUUAUGUGAUUCUAGUUGUAAUAUACAUAAUUGAAUAUAUUACAGAAAACCCAUUGGAAUCAUUUUGUCAGUUUUUUCUCAGGUGUUUUUGUCUGAGGUAUUAAAUACACGUAUUAAAAAAACACGCAAAAAAAAGUCUUUGAUUCGAUCACAGAAUUGUGGUUUGUUUUUGUUUUUUUGUUGUGGUUUUUUUUGGGUGGGGGUAGGGUAGGGGUUAUUUUUUAUUUUUCCUGUUUAUCUUUAUCACUAACAUACAGUGGGACAGAAAAGUUUCUCCUCAGACCAACCAUCCGCUUGCUAAGCCCCGCCCCCUGUAGUUACCUUCACUAUGCCGCACAUUCUAGAACUUUAUGGUUACUAUGGUAACGCUGGCAGAUUUUAUCCGUUGAGAUUCCGAGCUAUUUCUUCAGACAAAGCAAAAGUAAUUUUUUAUUUUUACUCGGUGACUGUCAGUUUGAUCUCCUGCAAUGACAAUAUUGCUGGCAAAUUUUAUUAGCCGUAGCUAGCUAGCUAACUAACAUCAGUUCUGAUGCUGUGUCCAAAAUGGUGAACGUAAACUCAUUCACUACUAAUUAUAUAAUAACCUCUCAACAGUUAACUCUAUAGACAGCUGAUGUGAAAUCAGAACUUAGUAGCUGAUAUGAAACUUGACAAAGUAGCUGUACCACAUUGAGUUUGCUAAGCUAUGAUUGGACAGUUGCUUUUGGGGGAGGGGUUUAGCGAACGGUUUAUUUAGAGCUGCUGCGUCUGUACGUCGAGAUGUCAACUAAACCUAAAAGAUUAAAAGAAUUUAAAGUUCUUGUUAUCUGCUACCUACUGUUAUGAUGACUUUUGUUGUUGACAGUCUUUUAAAUAACUUUUCAGUCAUUUUGUGCAACAGCUUGUUUUCUUCAGGGGAAGCUGUGAUUUGAUUAUCACGGAAAUCCCCUUUUGAUUCCCAAGAACAACUUUUACUUGAUUUCCCAUGAGCCUGUUUGCUGUUGGCACCCUCCACAGAGACUUAUCCGAGCCCCAGGUGUACUAUGGGAGCUGUACUUCUAUCCUUGAUAUAUAUAUAUAUAUGUAUAUGUGUAUAUAUAUAUAUAUAUAUAUAUAUAUAUAUAUAUAUAUAUACUUUUUUCUUUUUUGGGAAUAUGUUAAACCUGAUACACAGACACAGACUUUUGAAUUUAAAUCCCUGGAAGAAAAGUCUCAGAGCUUCAUACGCUUCCAUCUGUUGAUGGAAGAAGGAAGCCGGGUGUUUUUUCUUUUUGAUAUCUGGGAUUUUGGGAUUUCUUCACAGACCUUUCAGAAACUUUUUGACAGUGCUAUUUUUCUAUGUAACUGUGUUCUUGAGCGUGUUACAACUUUUUCUGGCGGGCAUUUGAGGCCCAGUCUUCACAUGGUGGCAGCGACAGUUAGCUGCUGUACGAUAAAACGGCAUUGCGGGUAAUAAUGACAACAAUAAUAAUGAUGAUAACAAUAAUGUACACAACCUUGUUAUUUCUCCUUCAACUUUGUGGAUUCUCAGCUAACUUCUCCUUGUUGUGACUGACUGUUAUGAACUACAAGUCCCAUGAGCGCAACACUACCCCAACUUCUCACCAGUAUUGUGUGCUGUCCACAGGGAUGAUGGCAUAUGUGGUCUGGCUUUUUUCCCUCCAAACAUCAAUAAAGGCUUAUCCUUACUCACA